AUGAGCAAUGAAAUAAAUCCAAACGCGGCAGUUCUUAAUGCUCGCGAUUUGAUGGCACAAAAAGAUAGAAUAGAAAAUGAAAUUCUUGAAUUCGAAGGAAUUCUGAGAGGACAAAACAUAGGAAUGCACGAGCCGCUAAUUGAUAGUUCAGGGUUUCCACGCGACGAUGUAGAUUUGGUGGCCGUGAGGACUGCCCGUGCAAGAAUAAUUGGUAUACGAUUAGAAUGUCGUUGA